AUGUGCGACGUGAAUCUGCGAUCUCUCUCGGGGGAGGGAGCGAGUGCCCCACGCUUUGGGGAGUCACGGUAUCCAGUAGUACGCAAGUGUAAGGGAACGAACGACUGCGAAGCCUUUCUUCCGUUUAAUAUUCGACUCAUGUGGGAUGCCCGCUCAGAGGUGGUCGGAACUCGAGCGGAAGCGCCACGUGCGACUCGUCCGGUCGUGUGA